AUGUCGCUUGAACACGAAAGAGACCCAGGAUGGCAAUACCUUCGCCGUUCUCGCGAACAAAUGCUUGCGGAUCAGUCAACGCCUUAUGAUUCCAAAAAGAACUGCUGGAUCCCAGAUGCAGAAGAAGGAUAUCUUGCUUCUGAAAUCAAAGCAACCAAAGGCGAUAAUGUUACAGUUGUAACCUCAGCCGGAUCCGAGAAAACUGUAAAGAAAGAUCUUAUCCAAGAGAUGAAUCCACCCAAAUUCGAGAAAACUGAAGACAUGUCAAAUUUGACUUUCCUCAAUGAUGCUUCUGUUUUAUGGAAUCUUCGUUCUCGUUAUGCCUCCAUGCUCAUCUACACAUAUUCGGGUCUUUUCUGCGUCGUAAUCAAUCCAUACAAACGUCUUCCAAUUUACACCGACUCUGUUGCCCGUAUGUUCAUGG